AUGGCGACCGUCUCUGCAGCUGGCAUUCCUGCCAAUUCAACAGUAUAUGUCAAGAAUCUAGAUGAGAGAAUCAAGCUUGAGCAGUUGAAAGAGGCUUUGGAGGAGAUUUUUUCGGAAUAUGGCACCAUUCUAGAAAUCAUCGCAAAGAGGAAUCUCAAGGCAAAGGGCCAGGCCUUUGUCGUCUUUGACAACGUCGUCUCCGCUACCCGCGCUAUUGAGGAAAUCAAUGGCUUCGACAUCUUCGAUAAGCCUAUGGUCUUGGAUUACGCAAAGACAAGAAGUGAUGCGACGGUCCAGCGCGAAGGCGGCAGCGACGAGCUAGAGGCUCACAAGCGCAGGCGCAUGGCCGAGAAAGAGCGGAAACAAGCCCAAGAAGCGCUCGAAGCACAGAAGAAACUCAAGCGUCCCGCCGCCGCCGCCGAAUCCACACGCCCAGCCAAGACAACCAAGGGAGCUGGUCUCAAGCCGACCUCCGGUGCCACGACUGCAGUCGUUCCGGACGAGUACCUACCACCCAACAAGAUUCUGUUCUUGCGGGAGUUGCCCGACGAGGCGAGCGAGGAGGGCCUGUCUGCUGUCUUUGGUCGUUUCGAAGGAUUCCAGGAAGUCAGAAUGGUGCCCGGCCGAAAGGGAAUUGCUUUCGUCGAGUACGAGACCGAGGCAGGAGCAAUCAGCGCGAAGGAGGCUACGUCUGGCAUGCCCAUGGGCGAGCAGGGCAAGCCGAUUCGCGUCACUUACCAGCGUCAAUAG